AUUAUGACCAAGAAGCUUGAACUUAUAUUUGCUGCAAUUCUGCUACUUGGCUAUGUGGGACUAAGUCAUCAAGCAUGCUGGACCAAGUGGUUUAAUCGAGAUACCCCUGAUAAAACUGGUGACUGGGAGGAUAUGGAUGACCUGAGGAGAGAAUACCCAGGACAAAUUUGCGACAAUCCUUUGGGUAUCCAGGUCGUUACUGUAAACAAUGAGACACCAGCUCAACAGACAGGGCAAAAAUUCUACGUCUUCAGUGCAACUCAAGGAUUUGUUUGCCGCAAUGCGGACCAGACGAAUGGACGCUGUUUGAACUACAAAGUUGGCUUUUUGUGCCCAUGCACUUUUGCUGCCUGAAACCACUGAUGCAACUGACCACAGGAAAAAUACUGAUUUUGCUUUAAUUUUCUUUGCUAUUUCUUGUUUCAUUCACAGUUUUUUUUU